AUGCCCUAUUAUCUCUACAAGUUUACUAGUGUUUAUCUACCUACAAGGUCUGUUGCGAAAGCAUCACCACAACCUCCCAACAUCAAUGAGGAGGAGAAGAGAAUCAAGAGGUUGGAGAAGCUCAAAAGAGAUGUCCAGAACAUAAAAAAUGAGAGAGAUGAACUCCAGACUAUCCUGGCAAAUUACUCUAUCAAGGAUUUGAACAACAGGAUCAACUUUGAGACAUUCAUGCUCGAGAUGCAACAUGACCAGGUGAUGACUGACCUGAAGAGAAUGCCACAGGAAAUCAGUGAGGCCUUGGACAAGUGCAAGGAGUUGACUAAAGAAAAUCAAUUCUACUGCCUCAGGAACUGCAAUGUCCUGAUUGAAUCUAAAUUCAUCCAGCACAAAGUCAGGAUGUUGCAGAAAGACAACAGACAGCUGUUUGGGGAGCAAAAUGCAUUGGAAGAAUGCAACAGAGAAACAAAAAUACUAUGUAAAGAAGGCAGCCAGAAGAUCAAAACCUAUGUAGCAAGCAGCAGCAG